UAAACUUUUAUUAUUCUCGCAAUAAUUUGAUUAUUUUAUCGUUACGAUUCAAGUGACACGUCUUUUACAGUCUGUCAGAUUCCUUUGACCUAUUGUUCGAAUUUCUUUGAAAGUUCAACAUGACGAAUACUGAAAACACUGUAUAUUCCCAUGGAAUAAACGAAAUAAACGAAACUUUGAGAUUAGCUGCUAUUAAAGAAGCUAAUUUACAAAAUGUCACACAUAUUCUCUAUUCUGCGUCGGAACCUAAUUCGGAGAUGCAUACAAAGUUACUGGAACUCGAUGAACAUUUGCUGGAAACUAUUAAACAAGGAGACAGUUUAAUGUUUCAGGGUAAUAAACAAGAUUCUGCAGUAUUGUGCACAAAAAGUCGAACAUAUGAUAUCAAGGAAGCAGAAACAUCUAAUUCAUGUAUGUUAGUACCAAAUUUAAACGUAUCCAAUCAAGCAAGUACAUGUACCAAUGGUCGAAUUAUAAGAACUCAUAAUAUCUCAGGGGUUUUUCAUACAUAUUAUGAGGUAAAGGAAUAUAAGCCCAAGUUAGAAAAAUUACUUAACAUCCUUGAACCUACUUCUUUCAAAGGAAUGGAAUAUGAAUCUGCUAUAGUUAAAGAACAUUUGUAUGAUUGGGACAGAUUACAGAGUGAAAUACAAGCCAGUGAAGAUGAACUGUAUCAGGCAUUAAAUGAAUAUUUAAUAGUGAAUAUCGAUGGUAUAUUUCUUUUUUGUUUUUUGUUUUGGGGGUAUUAUCGUUUAAUAUCAUUCGAAGGUGAGGUGCAAAGUUUAAUGUUAAUGUUGGAUCUCUUUGAUGAAAAUAGUUGGGAACUAGAUCAGAUAGAUAAAGAAGUUACAUAUGAAGCCUUGAAAGAAUUUAUUCCCAGGCCUGUAUUUGAUAUUUUAUUUAUGAAGUAUACGGAAGCAACCAGUAAAUCAAAAGAAGAUGCAACACCUUUCUACAGAUUCAACGAAGAGAAAUGUUGUAAAAGCUUGGCGAAAAUUCUCCUUGCCGCUUCGCCGGUAACAGAGUACAAACAAUUUAUGGAAUCAUGGCAAAUCGGUACUCCAGAUAAAAUGCAACCAAAAGAAGAAUAUUUGGGCGGUAUAGCUCUUAUUACUUGGAAUAGUUCAACAUUGGAAAAAGAAGUAACAUCCUUUUCGGAAGCAGAUUUGCCAAAGAAUAUUAACGAGAGGUUUAAUGAACUUUUUAAAGCGAAAAAUAAAUGGACUGUACAAGAAAUAACACCCUAUAUAAUAAAUUUGUCAACAACCAAAAUGAAUGUUAACGCUCUUCUAACUAAGUAUGCUAGAUGUUCACAGGUUAACGGCAUUAAAUAUUAUAGCGCGAAACACGGUAAAUAGUUGAUUGAACUAUUCGUUAUACUGAAAUCAUUCGCGGCGUUUAUUUCGCUUGUGAUCAUGAUACAUCAUAGUUACAUUUACACAAUUUUAUAAAUAUUUUUCAAUUAUUAUUACGCAUUAUGUUUACUUUUAUUAUUCGUCGUCAUGAUAGACUGCUGUUACUUCGAUACUUAUUUCUUCUUAAUGACCUGUGAUUGUAAUUUGAAGAAUAACUAACUACCUGCACUAACAAUUAGAAAUGGCUCAUACAUUAACAUUUCGUCAA